UCGAUAUUAUAUACUAGUACUAUAUAAUAAAAUAACCAAACAUUAUUAUUACCCAAAUCAAAUACUCUGCACGAACAAUGUGAAGCCGCGUCGAGUCAAAAAACCACUAUAAAGAGUUCACUCGUCCACAUUCACAUAACAAAACAAAAGCAUUCUUGCUCCAAACCAUAAAAGAAAAAUUCUAGAUUUGUCUCCUAAGGCAAAAAAUGGAAGAUUCAAGCUUUAUGGAUUUGAUGAUUGACACAGACGAGUAUCUGAUUGAUGAUUGGGAACCCGAUUUCCCCGGAGAAGCUACUGAUCAUCAGAACACGAAACCGAGUUCUGUUUCUGAAUCCGGAUCCAAGUUGGUACCUGAGAGACCAACAAAGCAAAUGAAAGUCAACUCAACAUCUUCUUCUCCAACAUCUUCUUCUUCUUCAGGUUCUCUUACAACCCCGCAAGUGAUCUCGUUUGGUUCUCCAGACCAGAAAAUGAAUGUGGUCGAGACAUCGUUGAACUUCUCCAACGUAGCAAACAUGGAACAGAGAGUGGGUUCCAAAAGAAAAGACUGUGGUCAUAUUGGAGGCAAAAGAGAGCCACAUCUACUGAAAGAACAUGUUUUGGCUGAACGUAAACGUCGACAAAAGCUCAACGAACGUUUGAUUGCUCUCUCUGCUCUUCUUCCUGGUCUCAAAAAGAAGCUAGAGGAAGAGCAAGUAGGGAACAAGAAAAUGGAUCAAUCUGUUAUAUUGGUGAAGAGAUCUCAAGUGUAUGUGGAAGAAGAAUCUUCAUCAUAUUCUUCUACUUGCUCUGCUGCUUCUCCUCCAUCUUCUUCUUUAGACGAAGUUUCUAUUUUGAAACAAACGAUGCCUAUGAUCGAAGCUCGAGUUUCAGACAGAGAUUUGCUGAUUAAGAUUCACUGUGAGAAGAACAAAGGUUGUCUGAUUAAGAUCUUGAGUUCAUUGGAGAAGUUUCGUCUUGAAAUAGUCAACAGUUUCACUUUACCCUUUGGAAGUUCAACUCUCGUUAUCACCAUUCUCUCCAAGAUGGACAACAAAUUUUCUCGACCUAUUGAAGAUAUCGUGAAGAACAUAAGACUUGCGUUAGCGGAAUAGUUUUUUAUUUUUAUUUUUCAUUAAUCGUUUUAUGAAUUUCGCAGUUGUUAAACGUGUGAUUUGAUCUCUAAUUUUAACAUAAGUUAUGUAUUAGUAGGAUAGUGAGAAUAAGAGUGAGCACUUGUUUUCUUUAAGAUUUAAAGGCCUUUUCUUGUAAAAUGUUUACACUUUUGGAAUAAAAACUCUACAACAUUGGGUCAGCUUUAAAUUAAAUCACUCGUUUUUAUUUCAUUUAAUUUAGUAGUUGGAUCAUAAAUUCAGAGGGAGGCAU